AUGUCUGCGACUCAUCUUCCGAACGGCUACAAGUCGUUCGGCCCGAAGGCCAACUGUACUCUCGAGGGUCUUCGAUCCAAGAACUGGGGGUUCAUGGCCAGCAUGAUCGGUGGAUGUCUACUCGAGAUUGUUGGAAUCCUCCACGUCGAUCGAUCGAUCUCCAGAUUCAAUCCGAGAUUAUGCUACUUUGUCUUCAUCCCGUGUGACAUCGUAUCCCUCAUUCUACAAGCAACCGGCGGUGCUCUAUCCAGCAUUGCGAGCGACAAGGCGGCUGUGCAAAGGGGCGUCAAUGUCUCAUUGGCCGGGCUCAUCUUCCAAGUUGUCUGCCUAGUCGCCUUUUGUGCUCUGUUUGCGGACUACCUUAUUAUCUGCAUGAGGACAAAUGCUCGACAACGUAUGACGAAAAACAUGAAGAUAUUCUUGGCAUUCCUCUUCAUCUCUACCAUUCUGAUCCUGGUACGAUGCUCUUACCGUAUCGAAGAACUCAAGGAGGGAUACUUCAGCCCAAUGUUCCGCGAUCAACCCCUAUUCAUUGGACUUGAAUCUUCGUGA